GAAGUGAAGAAGCCGUAGGUGGAAAAUGCGCAUGUGCAGAAGAAUGUUUACACGGUAGGAGAGUUUACAAGGACACAACGAGUAUCUGUGUUUUAACUGAAACACUCUGAAAAAGCGGAGGAAUAGAGAGAUUUGUCUGCGGGCAGAGGUUCGGCAAAAUGGCCUGUUUGAGUCCGGUUCUGUCCGGCAGAACCAGGCUGGUCCGGUACCUCUCCGGGAUCAACGUGUUGGUCCACAGCAUGGCUGCUAGCAGACCGAUCUCAGUAGCUGCUACCUGCUCCGUAAAGAAUUAUGAUCUGGUCCGAACCAGAAUAGCUGGGUCCGACCAGAACCCAGCAGGUCUGGACCGUCACCUUUACCUGUGUGACCAAGCGGCCCUGCAGCGCCCCUUGGAGGGAGAAGGAGAGCACAGCAGGAGAAACGGGCUCUCGGGUUUCCAGGUAACUGAUGAAGUUCUUCCGUCCGAACUUUCCGAACCACCCGGUUCUGACUCCAGGGUGGAGUGUGCCAUCCUGUCCUGUCCGGAAGCAUUAAGAAGAGACUUCCUGUCCAUGUUCCCGGAGGCUUCGGUGUCCGACCUGACGGUCAUCACGGUGACCCAGAAGACCCGGAGCGACAUGACGUCAUGGAGCGAGGCGGUGGAGCGCGAGCGGGAGGAGAAGCUGGAGACGUUCAUCCACGGAGCGCGGGAGAUCUGCGGGGCCCUGCGGGCCGACGGCUUCUGGGCUGACUUCAUCGACCCGUCCUCCGGCCUGGCCUUCUUCGGCUCCUACACCAACAACACGCUGUUUGAGACGGAUGAGCGCUACGCCCAGCUGGGCUUCCGCAUCGAGGACCUGGGCUGCUGCCGGGCGGUCCGCCAUUCCCUCUGGGGGACGCACGUCUUUGUCGGGACGAUUUUCACCAGCGCCCCGGCCGGAUCCUCUGUCCUGGAGAAGCUGCUCAGCAUCUAAACACAGCAGACAGAAAAACUGAUUCUUUCAACUUUUUCACUUCAUGAACGUCCGAAAUGUUGACAAAGUUAAAUAAAAUAGUUUCCAUUAAGAAAAAAAAGUAAAGGAACAGUUAAUUUUUGGAAAAUAUGGAUGUCAAAAGGUGCCAUAAUUCAAUGAAUGAAUAGUUGCCCAGUUGCGGCUCUAGGGGGUGCUAUAGCUCUGCAAGAAAAUGUCAGAUCAUUUUCUUUCUCAUCCGACUUUAUGUUAUUUUCCUAGCAAAAUGCUAUUAUAUUAUAUUGAGUAAAAGAAUCUCAUGUUGCAAUAUAAAAUUAACUUUUAUGCCUAUUUUCAAUUCCACAAUACAACUGGAGUGAAAAUGUAUUGUCUUCUAUGACCCAUACUAAGAGGAAACUGAAUUAAACAGGAAAGGUUGCAAUCA